AUGGCAUUCAUUCUGUUCAUAGUAGUAUAAGAUGAAGCAGCUGCCAUAUUUUGUUAAUUGUGCUAAGACAGAAUGAUUUUGAAGAAUAAUACCAUAAGAGUUUUCUUUUACAUGAAGAAUUUUUUUUCUUAAGGAAUGGAAUCAGUUACCGACGGAGAUUAUGGCCACAUUUAGUGAUCGAUUUUUUAUAUUUUUCGUUUUUUCCUAUAAUAUAAUUUAUCUUAUAAGUCUAUAUCUUAUAAGAUAUAUAUAAGUUAUCCGGCUUCGUAUAUUAACAAAGACCCUAUUCUAAUUAAAAUAUUUAAUGAUCGAGCUUCUAAGCGUGCAUUGUCGAAACAUCUUUUUUCUUGAAGGAGCGUCUCUUUUCCUUAAUUAAGCCAUAUAUGUUUAUGUUAAAUAUUUUUUACUUUUCUUUUGUUCGGUAUGAUCCAAACAAAGUUUGUUUUAAACCUUUAUCAUCACCAAGUCAGCUUUAAGAUAAAAUAAAAUAAAAUAAAAUUACUACUAGAAGCAACCUGACAUUGAUUUAAAAAUUUAUCUACCUGAUUAUUAUUUGUUAGGACCGAUAUACAGUAAUUUGGGCACAGAAUACCUGAAAUAGAUGAUUAUGAUUUAGCUGCUGAAUACUUAGAGAAAACUUCAGCAAUUUUUAUCAAAAAUUAUGGUGAAAAUGAUCCUGUUGUGGCUGCAACACACAAUUUAGGUAUACUCAAUUUAGGUAUACUCUACUCAUGUAAAAAUGAUUAUGAAAUGGCAAGAUGUGAUGAAGAAAAAUCACUAGAAAUACGAGAGCUUCUAUUACCAAAAGAUCAUCCUGAUUUAGCUGAGUAG